UUUAAUUUUCAAUGCAGCAGCAUCAAGGCGAAUGUCUUUAGAGAUGAAGAGAUUAGACAAAAACAACUUUUGUAUAGGGUUUUUGUUGGUCCACCUAUUGUUGGGCCAUGCUCAGAGUGCCCAACUCAAAACCAACUGUUUCACUGAACAAUGUGGCGCAGAGUUGAUGGGACAGGUCAAUGAUGUCUAUUGGGAGAGUGCCACCGCCUAUCGUCAGUUCUCCGAUGAUGUCUUGAGCCCAGAGAUUUUAAUGCGUGAAAAAUUACGCCCGUUUUAUGAGACCUUGAAAAAGUUCGAUUGGAAAUCUUUUCAAGAUCCCCUGCUGAAACGGCAAUUUGAGGUUGUAUUGCGCGGUGACAUAUAUCCCCCUUUGAAUUAUGAAUUCAAAAAGGCCACCAAUACCCUAAAAUCCAUGGCCAAACAAAAAUUUGUAUGCAAUCGAAAAAAACCACACCGCCUUCAGAGUGGCCAAUGCACUGACUUUGCAUUCAUACAUCAAAUCAAAUCGAAAAUAGCGAAUAGCGAUGAUUUGGAAGAGAUCAAAUGGUAUUGGGCCGAAUGGCGCAGCCGUAUGCCUGCUCAGAUUAAGGAUGCCCUACACUACUACAUACACUACUAUCAGAAUAUGUCGACGCCCGAGAUGUCGGCCUCAGCCAUAUGGUAUGAUCAGUAUGAGGAUCCCAACUUUCUGGAUGAGCUGGAGGAGCUAAUGGAUGCCAUACAACCUUUCUAUAAGGAAAUGCAUGCUCAUUUGAAACAUGCCUUGCGUCAGCGUUAUGGCGAUGAAGUGAUUCCAUCGACGGGUCUAAUACCUCAUCAUUUGAUGGAACAGGCCAUGUAUCAGUCGUGGAAAAAGCAAUCGGUUCUACGCAAUCCUUUCCCCCAAAGAAAACUGCCCAAUGUGCAGCAUGAGUUGGAUGACUUGGAAUGGUUCCCCUUCGAUUUGGUCAACAUCAGUUGUUCGUUUUUCGGUUCCAUGGGCUUCAAUAAUUUAACAGAAGAUUUCAUGCGUGACAAUUUCAUAGAAAUGGAACCUGCAGAAGGUGGACCCGAUUGCAAGUCCCGCAUAUUCACUUAUGCCGAAAUCGAAUUGAACUACUGUCCCAAGGUCUACUACAAAAAGCUGCUGCAGACCCAUGGCGAUAUAACACACAUACAAUAUGCUAUUCUGAAGAAUAAUCUCUCCGUUGGUCUGAAUCAGGAGGCGGCUCCAGGUUUUGGCAAUGCCAUGGGUGAAGCGGUUAUUUUAUCAGCUUCCACACCGAAACAUUUGCAAGAGCGUUUGGGUCUAUUGACCACCUAUGACUAUGAUGACAUUUUGAAUCUAAAUCGCUUAUAUCGAAUGGCCGUCCACACUGUUCUAUCUAUACCCACUUAUUUUGUCCAUGAAAAACUUUGGAUUGACAUGAUUGACAAUAAGGUUGCUCCCGAAAAUUAUAACUGCCAUUACUGGAAUCUAAUGGCCAAGUAUAUGGGUGUGGGUCCUUCGACUGAAACGAAAGAGGGUUCAUAUGAUAUGCCCUAUAAAUUCUACGAGGGCAUAGUGGAUCAAUUUCGUAGUACCAGGAAACUUUUUGGCGAAUUUUUAGGCUAUCAAAUUUAUAGGUCAGUCUGCCUUAAGAUAGGUGAAUUCCAGCGUGGCAAUGCCUAUAAAAUUUUACACAAUUGCGAUUUUGCCAAUCACAGGCAGGCAGGACAAAUGUUUAAAGAAAUCAUGUCUGCCGCUUCCACAAAACCCUGGCGUCAAAUUAUCCGAAACGUCACCAUUAAAAAUGCCGAAAAACUGACAGCCACCGCCUUUCUGGAAUACUAUGAACCCUUGCACUCUUGGAUAGCCGAGGAUAAUGUGGAGAAAAGUCUUCCUGUAGGCUGGCGUAGUGUAGAUAAAUGUAAUCCCUCGACGGCCGCUGUCAACGAGAACACCACCGAGGUCUAUUAAGCCAAGAUGAUAUAUAAACCCCCCAGGGGAAAUGAAAAUCUUUGGAAAUCCUAUUUUUGUAUUUGUCAAUAGCAAAUAGACAGAUUAUUUAAGGA